AUGGUGCCAAAGAAGCAGACGAAGACCGCCAAGCGGCGGAGCGGGCAGAACCAGAAGCGUGAGCUGGAGCCGGAGGUGAGACAGGACGGGCUUGCGCGCAACAUGCUGGCGUCACAGCCAAACCUGACGCCAAAGAGCGAUAAGAGAAAGGUGAAGAAAGGCCAGCUUAAGAAGGAGCUGCGGGUGGCCAAGCUUUACGGAAAGAAGAAAGAGAAGGUCUAUGACGAAAAGGAUCUGGACCUUCCUGUUUUGAACAAGGCGAUCCAGCCGGGAGUGCUGAAGAAGCGCGGGAAGAAGGGCAAGAAGUUUGUUGCUGACGACGAUUCGAUCACGAUGAACCGGUUAAUUCGCCAGAUCAACGACGAGAGAGACCUGGAGAACGAGUCGAAGCUGGAGAAGGCCAGAAGACUCGAGGAGAUCAGAGAUCUGAGACGCCAGGAGAUGGAAAGAAAGGAGCAUGAGAAACAGUCCAAGCUGGACAACAAGAAGGAGGAGAUCAAGCUCAAGGCGUCGAGUGCGCGGUCGAUCAGACGCAAGAACUCGAAGCUGGUCAAGAAGGAGGUCUUGAAGACGGACAAGAAGAAGUCGGUUUCCUUUGCAUGA